UGCUCCUACCCAUCGGCACUUGAUUGUCAGCCCCACACGCUGUCAUCUUGAUCAAUCAUCCUUCUGGCGAUCUGAAUACGAUCGAACGUGCGCUGUACUUGCCAAAACGCAAACGAUGCCUCAAGGCCGUCGACUGCCUCGCGUAAGCGAAAGCAGAAUAACCACAUCAUACCUUCUCUUCGAUCGCCAAGGAAGCUGAAUCGAUAUCUCAUAUCUGAGGAUCCUGCCGUCACUACAGUAUCAGAAAGUCCAAUCAUGACCCUGGGCGAUGGAGAAGAAGCUGGCAAGACACUACUCGGGAGCCUAUUCAACAUGCACUCUUUGCUUCGCAACCGCAAAGCCUGUCCGCCGGAGGAUCUCGCAUACUACCUUUCACGAGCUACCACUUCCCUGGCAUCCAUUGUUGAGCGAAGUAUCAAGACGGCUGGUACUGUCACAGACGACGAGCAGAAAGAUCUGAAGGCAACUCUCACGACGGCCGUGCGGGCUGCUGCUUCCAUCUUCACAGCGUACAACAGUUUGAGCCGUCUGGCGGGCCAUGAACGUGUCAUGGGUCAGAGCGUCUACGCUCUUGCCAAAAUGUUCCAGACUUUUCUGACAAGCCUUUCGGACCUGUCAGUUCUAGAAACCAGGAAGGAUGACACCGCACAUACCACGACUCCUGGAAAGUCGUCCGGUCGAUCGAAGGCUGCAAAAUCCAAUAACGGCAAGAGCAACGCUGCACUCGACCACGUGACAGGAUUCAUCGUCGGGAUAAUCGACAUGUUUGAUCACAGCGUCGAAUCGACAAAAGAAUUAUUUGAGAGUCUCGUAUUCUGCUUGUUAGACGAACUUGGGACUGCAUUGUACGUCAGCACUUUCGGAAAGCAGAGAGCCAAGUCAAUCGAGGCUGAGAUCUCUGAGCGCUUCGCCGCUGAAGAUUCUGUACCUGAUCUUGCCACCGUCCGGACUCUCCAGCAGAAGCACGUCGACCUAGUGGCACCGUAUCUGACGUAUCUACUGGCACGUACUAUGUCUCUUACACCGCAUUAUCUUGGUACAAGAAGCGAGAGCAGAAGACCCAAAAUGAAGCCAACAAAUAUGAAAACUUCGGUAAAGGGCUUGUUGACAACUACGGCAAAAGAAAGCCUGCAAAGAACGUUAGUGAAGUGCAUGUUCGGUAAUGGUGACGUGGAUAAAGAUUAUCUCUUCGGUCACUCCUUGAAUUUUCCGCCGUCGACUUUCAAACCGGUACCGAUACCAAAGAUCAAAAGUGCGGACAUUGGGGAGUGGUUUCAAGGAGAGGUAUGGCGCAUUCUUGGCUGGGAGAUUCUAUCAGGUGCACAAAUUUGAUGAGAAAGGGGAGCCUUGCUGGAUUGCUUGCUAAGACGACAUCAAGAGUUCUUCUUGUUUGCCAUGUACUUGUACCUAUGGCUCUUAUUGUAAUGAUCGCUUGCUAAAUGAUCGCUUUUCGCAUCAAUUGCGCAAACAGUCUCGUUCGAGCGACAUUAGAAUCCGACUAUACCGCUCAGCAAGCCUGAUCAUGUCAAGCUUCAUCACACAUCACCCUCCAUGUAACGUCGAGACAAACAUUAUGUUAUCACGCGACUUGAUUUCAUAGCUCUCUUCACCUUCAAGUUCCCAAUCGGCAUCGUUGAUAAGGACUAGGAUUCCCGGUCGGCUACAGAUUAUGUUAGCAUAUCUUAAGAAGGCGCA